AUGCUCGGCACAACAGAGUUUCCAACCUCGCAAGUCAGUCCUUUAACAGUUCGAAAGAUACGAUCCUCCAAGAGCUCUAUUAAUCUUUCCCUUCCACAAUUACCACUACGUAUCCCCACUCCUGAAGGUUCAUCAUCAACAGAUGGCGCCCCUCACAUCUCAUACCUCGAGGGCUACUCGCCACCAACAACGCCUGCACUACUUGCUCGCUCUGCCUCAUAUACCUCAACUCGCAGGUUGGCUCAGCCAGAACUCCCAAAAUCUAAAUCGAGCACACACCUUCUAGCUGUCCGACAACUGCGGUCGGGUACCUCUACGCCCGGUCGAAGGAAGCUGCGACGAAGCACACGAAGGCUCGAGACAAGUCCAACACCGCCUUUCUUUUCCGACGAUCAAAAUGAUCCUGCUUGGAUCCUUCGAACAGGCGCCUCCAUGGCCAGCUCAGCUCGGGAAUCAAAGGGACAAGCAUGGCUCGUCUCACGGGCAAGCUCUACAAGCAUGACAAGACUUCGGGACGAUGAAUAUGAAGAAUAUGAAAAUGAAUACGCGUGGAGUCAAAGACACCAAAGUCAACGUGCGAGCUUGAGGGGAAGCGUGAUGGGAGAGAUGGAUCGUGAAGUCUCUCUAGCUGCUAUGAAACAUCUCAAUCUCAGACUAACAUCGGGUCAUGCGAGUCGCUCGGCUAGUCGCUUUGGAAGCAGAUGCCCGAGUCGAAAUCAGCUACCCCACACACCUCCUAUGACGGCCGAAUUUGAUGCAUACUUUGACUACAAAGACUUUACGCGCGAUGAUUUCUCUGGAGCAGAGCCAGACUUUGUGAAUGUUGACGAGACCUUUGAUGAUGAGACGGACAGAGAAGACGAGGCAGAAAUCAAGCGGCUGACGCGAGCCAAUACACAAGGAGUCGGAGGAUGGGUAAAGAAGAUGCUAGGAUGGAGAUCAUUUCCGACGGAAGAAGAGAGUGAAGAAAUAGAUGAUGAGUUAUUCAUGGAUAACAUGGAUGACGUGGAAAACAUGGAGCAUAUGGAAUAUACGGAAAAGAUCUAUGAAGUAGCAAAGUGCACGCUCGACCUUGAAGUACCAGCUCCGCCCAAAGACAGCGAGGCGAGCGUAUGGCAAGAUACCGUCUGGUUCCUACGAAUGGCUACAAACGUAUUACUCUGA